AUGCUGUGUUCCGCGCGGUGUUCUUGCUUUCUCUGCCGUGAGCUCCAGUCCUGUCGUGCCGCCGACGCCCGCAAACCUCCAAACAAACAAAACAUGAGCGACAAUUUCAUACUUAAGAAAGCUGAGGCUUGGGAGCCUAUGAAAUUUAUAAGAGGAGCUGCCAGACUAUCAGUUCGACACUGGCAGAGUCGAGAACCACUCGCUCCCGGGAAACCUCGUUCUCCAACACACAAGUCUACAAGCUGUGAACAACUCUAUCCACAACCCUCUGAAGAAGGAUCCUAUGCUCUUCGAAAGGCUCCCAGUUCUGACAGAAUGAAGCAGACCGACAAUAAACCUUUAUUUAAACUUCUAGGAAAUUCGCGUUCCAAGAAAAUAAGUGAUAAUCCUGACCCUAAUGUACGACGAAGUGUUUUAAAUUUUAGGAAAAACGAACAAAAGAACUCAAAAAAUGUGCAUGAAAAGUACGUGCCCUUACAAAAAAAUUCAACGUCUCUUGAACACAUAUACAGUGAACCCAAGAUAUGGAAUUCGAAGUUAGAUGAAUGCUGCCGGCCACCUGUCUACCAGAGCGUUGAAAAAAAAAUUGCUGAUAAUAAAGGAGCAGAUAAAAAAUCAUUGAAUAAUCGCCCUCCUUGUUAUGACGAGUUAGCAAAGAAAUUGUCUGAUGAAAGAAAUAAAAAAGUCCCUGAAAAUGGACUGGCUAAUAAAAUUACACAAAAUAAUAACAAAGUUGUAAUUUACUUCGGCGAUUCUCUCAUUCGAAAACACAAUGAAGAAAAAAAAGAAGAAAAAGCUCAAGAGCAAAAGGAAGAGGCUAUCUAUGCCAAUAGAAUAAUGGAUGAUAAGGACCAAUCGGGAAUAGGAAGAGAAGUUGAUAAGGGUGGAGGAACUCAGCUUAUAUCAGAAGUACAAGUUACAGAGGCUAUUUAUUCGGAAAUCAAGAAUGAACCAGCACCUGGACUGAUACCAAUCAACGAUGCAACGUACAAAAAAGAUGUCAAGGAGACCAUGAGUUCGGAUGGCUUUUUGAUAGUAGAGUUCGAAGGAAACUUCGAAAGGGCGCGUCAGUUAGUAGAAUUAGUGCAUGGUGGUGGUAGUGGAGUGGAGCAACAUGAAGCUACAAUGUUGGAUGACGAUGAGCAGUGUGACUGGAGUUUUAUUCAAAACUGGAGGAAACGGCCUUCAAGCGGCUGCCGGCCAGAAGAGGCGUGGUGCAGCGCGGGCGUGUCCGGAGCGCGAGCACUGCGCGUGCGCGUUGCAGGAGCGGCUCCGGCGCACGCCCGCCGUCUCUCGCCGCCGCCGCAUGCGCAUCGGGCUACGACACCGCCACCGCCGCCGCCGAUUGAUCCGCCGGCUAAACCCAACCCUGAGGAUUCUCGGACGGAGGCUCCAGAGGCCCCAAGUGGGGCGCAGCUGAAGGCAAUAAGCGCGGUAUCCCCAGUGACGGCGGCUAGCACGCCCGUCAAAAGCGCCCCAGCCCUAAGCAGCUAUGCUCUAGAACGGCGCAAACACGACCGACCUGCUGAUACACCCCAACAGAAUGGAGUCCGCGAGUGUAACAGCAGUUCCGAUGAAAACAGAUCCUCCGGUCAUGCAUCUAUGUCCGACAGUGGUGGUGGUGGGGAAGCUGGACGGGACGAGCCCAGAAGGUCGAGACAACCACCACAUGCAAGAACCAAGCAUAGACCGCAUAAUAAGUUACAGUCACCCUGGCCUGGAGGUGGUGGACUGGAAGACAUCCGGUCUGCUAUCAAACAGCUCACGCUGCGCUCAAGAGACAGCAGCAGCACCGCUACCAGUGGUGCUUCAAGCGGUGGAGGAGGAAGCAACAAUGCCCAAGAGACUGGCAGCGCGGCAGAGGCCAGAAGACGUCGAGCUCCGUUGGUACGACAGCCGUCAUUGGACACGGUUUGCACCAACGUCACUAGCGCUGACGAAUUUGUCUGGGUCGACUCUCACAAUAGGCUAGUGGAGCUCCGCUGCGUCCCUUGGACGGCAGGCGAGGUCAGCCGGGCACUGCAGACCGGCCGCUGUCGCGAAGCCGCCGCUAGGAUGGCGCCUGAUGCGCCGCCACGACUGGCUUACUUGUUGCAACGUGCCUUAGUCCGCAUAGCACGCGAAGCUCAGCGCCUCUCGCAGAACUUUGGCUUCUGCUCUAAGCACGAAGUCGCAGGAGCUUUCAGAAUCAUACUCAGUACGCCGUUAGCUGAUUCUUGCAUAAAGGGUUGUCAACGUGCAGCGACAAUGUACGCGACAUCAGGUAGUGCGGCAAGGCGCUUGGGAUCGGCUGCGCGUGCGCGUACAAGUCUCGCACCAGGCCGCUUCCUUAGAUGGAUGCUUGACGUACGCGUCGCUUCCUUUGUUCACGAGUAUGCAGCCAUAUAUCUUUGUGCGGGAAUGGAGACUCUGCUGGAAGAGAUAGCUCUGAUAUCAGGCAGUGGCGCUGCUGCUGCUCCUAUAACGCCUGCGGCCAUUGACCAUGCGGUGGCCAAUUGCGCUGAUUUAUGGGGCCUUUUGCAACCCUACAGUCACUUAAACGCUGGCAGAGUAGCCUCAGGAGCUCUAUCUUUGUCGCGCUGGGAAUCAAUGAGCUCUUUAGGAUCCGGUUCCGGGUCAUCGUCAGGGGCUCCUCGGCCUGAGAACAGACAGUUGGGCAUGAGUCAUGAUUCUGGUAUCACCACCAAUGGAUCUGCAGGGUCCGGUACAUCAGCUUCCAACACGAGUACAUCAGAGUCAGCGGGCACCAACGGGUCCGCGGGGUCCGGGGCUUCAGUGCUGCUGACAACGUGUGCCGGAUCUGCGGGAGAACUCAGGGCCGUGUUGAGGCAGCUCAGCCCUAGACAUCCACCUCUGUCCCCCGCCGGGGAACGAGCCCUGUAUUACUUUAUGAGGUGUUCUCAGUUGGAGCACAGCACUAGUGGGGCAUCAGCAGGAGCGGGAGCGUGUGGGGGGGCAGGAGGCCUGUGGGGCGAAAGGGGCGCAGGGGCGUUGCCACCUUUGGGUGAAUGGGUGCGGGUAGCGCGUGCACACGCUGCCUUACGACCACCUCCUGCAGUACCAGACGCUGACGACGUGUUGCAGGCGGCUCGGUUGUUACUGCCGCACGCUGACUGCCCACCCAGACCCAUCACCAUGGAAGAAGCGAUAGAACCGGCUUGGUCGCGCUGUACGCGGACUACGGAUGAAGUGAGUCGAGCAGCCUUGGGCCUGGCGCAGAGAGCCUUGUUGAGUGGUAGAGCGGAGUUUCUCAGCGGAGUCAGAGCUCUGCUGCCCCCUGCUGGGAUCGACGCCACCGACGCUUCGGGGCUCACUGCGCUUAUGAAGGCUGCCUUGGCAGGAGAUGAACAAGUUGUGGCGAUGCUGCUAGAAGCAGGGGCAGACCCAAACAUCGAAACAGGAGGCUUAGCAGCUCAGCACAAUGCACUGCUGUCGCCUUCUCGCUCGCCGAAUCAUCCGCACUCAUCUCACCUCAACAACUCUCCCGCCAACACUUAUACUCCGCCCUCUGCGGGUUGGACAGCCCUAGUAUAUGCAUGCAGUGGCGCAGGCGCAAGUGGGUCGGGAGCGGUGGAGUCCGCUCGAAGACUGCUCGCUGCCGGCGCACGAGUCGACGGCGCACCCGCCAGAGGGGAGGAUGUCUGUACGCUAACACCUUUGCAGGUGGCUUGCGGCGUGGGCAACCUCGAGCUAGUUCAGUUGUUGCUAUCGCACGGAGCCGACCCCUUCCUGUCCACGCAACUCACCGACGCUCUCUGUUACUCGGCAGCUGCUCAGUAUGGCUGCUACAGCGCGGUAGCCGUAUGUUGCACUCACGGGCGUCGGGCGUGCCUUCGAGCCGCAGUCCGAGGGGGCGGAGGCCGAGCUGUUCUCUCUUUAGAAGAAGUACUCGCGGAAGGGGCUCCGCCUGCCGCUGGCCGGCCUCCACCCUUCACGAAGCAGCAGCAGCGAGCUUUGCAAGAUGCCAUGUACUGCGCCGCUGAAACCGAUCAUCUUGAUAUAACUCUGGAGCUGCGAGCUCUCGGAGUCCCAUGGUCCCUUCAUGCCUGGACGCUGUCCUUAGCUGCUGCAGCAGAGGCCUCUCUUGACCACGUCAUCGACCAACUCCUACAAGAUUUCUUACAGGUGUGUCCGAGUGACGACAGCCACUACAGCAAGCAGUUCAUCUACGAGUGUCUUCCCCUGCUUUUCAAUAUUUUAAGAUACAGCAAGAAGGAAGGCACAGUCCUCCUGCUGGCGGACAUCUUGUGCGCGUGUUACGGCUGGGAAGCGGUGCCGGGCGUGCGCGAGCCUCCCCCCGCUACGGCUGCGCCCGCGCGAGUAGACGUCUCGUACGUCAACAACCCGUCGCUGGCUGACGUCACUUUCAGAGUGGAAGGUCGUUUGUUCUACGGACACAAGAUAGUGUUGGUGUCGGAAUCGCCUCGGCUUCGGUCCAUGUUGGCCCCGGCUCGGAACUCCGCGGAGGCCCUUCCACCGGCCAACACGGCGCCACCACUCGUGCAGAUUAAUGAUAUUCGAUAUCAUAUAUUUGAGCAAGUAAUGAAAUACCUAUACUCCGGUGGUUGUUCCAACCUGGAUAUCCCAGAAAGUGACGUACUGGAAGUGCUGGCUGCUGCGUCUUUCUUCCAGCUCUUACCGCUUCAAAGGCACUGCGAAGCGCGUGCCGCCAAGUCUGUCGACCUGCAUAAUCUGGUGUCCGUCUAUAUCCAUGCUAAGGUAUAUGGUGCUACUCAACUGCUAGAGUACUGCCAAGGAUUCCUCCUCCAAAACAUGGUAGCUUUACUCACAUAUGACGACUCUGUGAAACGUCUUCUGUUCGGCAAGCGCUUACCGGGUCACAACGUCCUCGGAGCCCUGCUCAUCACGCUGCAGAAGAGAAUUGAAUCCCGAAAGAACCAGGCAAAGGCCAGAUAG